AUGCUUGUUCUGCUUGUAGUUUAUUUUCUCCACCUUGGAGGCCCGGGAUGUGGGGGGUGGGGGGGGUGGGGCGGGGAUCCAGAGGGGACAGGGCGGGAGGGGGGCGAGCGUCCCGGGCCGGGCGGGGUAGGGAGCGCGGCCGGACGCGGGCUCGUCAAGGCCCAAUGGCUGCUGUUCGGAGCCGGAGGCCGGGGACCGGAGAAAGAAGGAGCGGAGAAAGAGAAGGAGGAGAGCACGGCCCGGCUGGGACAGAAGCGGUGGGACCCUGGGAGGCCUCCGCUGUGCCCGUGCCGCGCUCCUCGGGACCAGCGCGUCGCACACAAAGGGGCUGCCGAGCCAGAGGCACCAGCGGCCUCAGGGCACCGUGGGGAGCGCGCAGCGAGGGGGCGCUGUGGCGCACCCCGCCCCGCAGCCCCGCCCCCGGCCCUCCCCGGCCCCACCCCACUCCCACCGCCCUCUCCGCGGCCGUCCCCAUCUCUAUCUCCGCGACCCCCACUCCUCCUCGGCUAUUCCCCAACCCUGUCACUGUGCUCCCCUCCCUACUCCCGGCCCGUAGUGGAGGUGACUAUCCGGCGCAGCGCCGCUCCUGAGGGCGGAGAACCCACAGGGAGUGCGACCUCUUUGCACGCUGUGAGUGGGCAACUGUCCGAGGGACUCGAGCCGAUCGAAGGCUGGACGCCCUAUAGGGCUCUUGGCAGUCCACGAAAGACCUGGAGUCCGCCUCCCCAUUUCUCCGGUCGGUGAGUGGCAGGAGGAAAUCGCCAAUCAUGUUUUCCCGCUUUGCCUCCCCAACUCGGAAACUUGCAACUUGCCGUGUCCUGGAGGUUGAGACAAUUUGGGGUCUCUUGGCUGCUGUCCAACAGAUUUAUCUCUGAGGGCAGUGUCCUCGGUGGGAGGUCCAAGUAGGAGUGGGCGACAUUUACCUCCAUCUCAUGACGGAGCAGCCCUGCACACUAGGGCCCAAAACUCUGCGAAGGAGCUUGGAAGUUCUUCAUCCGUUCCACUUGUUUUGCUACUCCACACACCCUUCUAGGACAUGUUGAUUGCCAACUGCUCUGUGCAACUUUCCCAUAGCUGUCUGUUCCCGUGCAUUUCGGAGCACCAAGCAAAUACGAGCAGAGAGACCUGGAAAAAAAAAUUAUGAAGACAGUAUUAAUGAUAAAAUUAACAUGGCUGAGUGAAUUGUCAAUGCAAGUUCCUUUACUAACUCUUUGUUAAGUUUUGCUUUGUACUCCUUACAUCCUCUUUCUCUUAAGCCAUUGUUUUAAUUUCUUCUCGUUAUCAUUUUUAAAAGUAACAGAAAUACAGCUUUCUUCCUACCUUCACAAUUGACUUGGUGGAGGUUGGGUUGCAAAGAGGAAGCAGUAAGAAAAAAUAAUUAUUCUAUACAUUCACAAGUCCUUCAAGGCACAAAAUAAAAGUAAGAAAUAGAAAAUAUGUCCUUUCUCCUAAUAAAGCUCUUUAUAACAAAAUUUAAAUGAAGUUUUGUGUUUCAUAACAGCUUCCCAAAUACUGUUGUAGAUACUAAAAUGUGCCUGUAUGUAUUUCCUUCCACAAUAAUAAUAGUAAUAAUAAACUUUUUAGGUCCAAAUUAAA